CGCGCGGCCGCCCCAGCUCCGGCUCAAGUCUGCGCUUCCAGGUUCAGUUUCAGGGUCUCGCCGGCAGCCCCGGCCCGCGGGCGCGCAGCGUUCAGCGGGGCUGGGACUGCUGGGUCCCCCGGGGGGGCCCCGCCGGAGUUAGGAGGCGGCGCCCGGGAGUCCCCGGAGGAGGAUGGGCUGCGGACCCAGCAGGCUGAGCUGCUGCAAAGCCCCCAAAAAGAGGCGCCAAAAACCAGAUCAGCCACCCAGACCAGAGCCACAGGAACUAGGUCCCCUCAAUGGGGAUACAGCCCCAGCCGUCCAGUUCUGCACAUCUGAGGAGGCUGAGGAGUACCAGAAGGAGAUAACCAGAAUUCUCCUGCAACACGAAGAGGACAGGAAGAAAUGGACACAACAGGCAGAGGAGGACAGGAAGCUAGAGCUUCGAGAGAAACUAGAUGAACAGAGAAGAGUCCUGGAAGGAGAGCAUGAGGAGACCCUGCAAGUCCUCCGGGCCUCGCAUGAGCAGGAGAAGGAAGCCCUUACCCACUCCUUUCAGGAGGCCAAGGCGACCCUGCAGGAGACCAUCGAUGGACUGUCCUCACAGCUGGAGGUCUUCCAGGCCAAGAUGAAGAGGGUAGAAGAGUCCAUUUUGAGCCGAGACUAUAAGAAGCACAUCCAGGAUUAUGGGAGCCCAAGCCAGUUCUGGGAGCAGGAGCUGGAGAGUUUACACUUUGUCAUCGAGAUGAAGAACGAGCGUAUUCACGAGCUGGACAAGCGGCUGAUCCUCAUGGAAACAGUGAAAGAAAAAAAUCUGAUGUUGGAGGAAAAAAUCUCCACCCUGCAGCAGGAGAACGAGGACCUCCAUGUCCGGGCCCGCAACCAGAUGGUUAUGUCAAGACAGCUCUCGGAGGACCUGCUUCUCGCCCGCGAGGCCCUGGAGAAGGAGUCCCAGUUGCGGCAACAGCUCCAGCAGGAGAAGGAGGAGCUGCUGUACCGGGUUCUCGGGACCGACGCCUCCCCUGCCUUCCCCCUGGCCUCUGUCACCCCCACGGAGGUCUCCUUCCUCGCCAGCUAGGGCCCGGGGCCUGGGCCCUCCAUGACGCCUGUGGUCACGGCUCCCUCUUGAGGACUUACUGAAGAAGACAGCAGGAGCCUCUCAUCUUGUCCCAGGAAGGGCGGAGGGCAGGAGUGAGGUGGGAGCCAGGGUGUGUGCCCAGAGGCCUGGGGGCCUGGGCCAUGCAGGAUCACCCAUGGGGUGAUGGAAGGCCCCAGAUGUGCCUUCCCUGGAGUUGGCCCGGGGAACAAGCAAAAGGAGUCCUUCCGUCCCUCCCUAUUCUCUCUGUUCAAAUCAGGGAAGUCCUGACCUUUUUCCAGGGGCAAUGCGGCUGAGGUCAUCUGACAGAGACAAGCCCCCUGGUCCUGACUUGGUAGCUUUCCCCAGAUGUUCUCGCCUCUGCUCAGACCCUCCCUUAGCCUCAGUUUACCUGUCCUCUAAAACAGGCAGGGGAACUGAACGAAUGAUACUUGAGUCUCUACAAUGUCCUAUUCUAGGUUUGUUUGAAGGACAGACAGGGGGCUGGGGACAGGGGAGGAAGUGGGCCAGACCCUGGGAAUUAACAGGGAAAGGUGGGGAGCUGGAAAGGGGGCUGCUGGAGGCCCAUCGGGCUGGCGGUGCCAGGGCCCGAACCAGCCAAAGCAGGGGCUAGACAUGACCUGGGGUAUGCCACUGCUUCUGGUCCCAGAGUCUGGUCAGCCCAGGGGAUAAGCCAGAUAUCCUCCUCCCUGACCAGGCAAGGCUCACUCCCUCAGCCCUCCAGGUCUUUCUGUCUCAGAGCCACCUCGUGGGUCUGGAGACACCUAGCUGCCAGAGCUAGAACCUCAUCCCUGUAGAGAUGAGGAAACCACGGUGGGGAGUGGAGCCCACAAAGCCAGGACCAGGACCUCAGCUGUCAUCCCGCUCUUAGCUCGCUGUGCUUGUUUUUCUCCUCGGGCUCUGGAAAAAUCAGAUGUGUGACUUACCUUCCUCUACCUGCCCACCCCACAACUUCUGGUUUCUCUCUUCCUCCUGCUCCCUACCUUUACUCCCUCUACCACGCCUGAUGCCAGGUGCCAGGACCCCAGAUCCUGGCCCUCAGCUUCCCCAUUAGUGCAGAGGGGUGGCUGGAGAAACCAGCCUUGGCAGGCCUGUGCAGCCCAGACUGUCUGUGGAUUUAAUAUUCUUCUCAGGAAGCUUCAGGUCAGCUGGACACUGUAGAGAGAACCCCUCCCCUGCACAGAGCAUUUUAAUUCAAUGUUCUCACAUACACUCCCUCCUGUCAGCUACCUAAGAUUCUUGAAGCCAGUUCUCAUCCCUCUUCAGCAGCAGAGCAAACUAAGAAUCACAGGAGCUGGAGGGCCUUCCCUGAGAUUCCCUGGCUCCAGCCCCAGACCCCAGGCCAGCAAGUAAGAAAGGCCAGUCCAGUAGAACUGAAGUCAGCUCCAUCAACCCAGACCUGGUCUUCAGCCAUUUUUUGUUCUGGAAUUCAGAUGUGACUCUCUUUCUCCAUUUCUCCCCUAGUAGGGCUAAGGGAGCGCUGAGCUGCUUCUCUGGCUGUGGGCAAACAGGUUAUAUAUCUGGGAGCCUUGGGAACAGCUCUGGAGUGAAGUACACAUGUACUUCAUGCAUCUUUCCCCAAAGUUUGUCUGGGAUACGCUAAUUCAUUGCACAUUAAUAGGCAUGACCAAGAAAAGAAUUGAUAGCCAAGUAACCUGAGAAACUCUAGAUUCCGUUAAGUUAAACAGAUCUGCAAAGUGCAGGACUUCUCAGAACCCUUAAUGCGCUAAUGUGAACUGCAAAUUUCCAAAAGGAAGCAGAGUAUCCAGCAUUUUCUAAACUCCUUUGACCAACGUCCUACCCCAACCUAAGCACUUCAGGCUGCAGAAUGCACUUUAGAAAGCAUUGUUUUAAUUGAGAAGCGCUAGGCUGGAGAAGGGGCAAGUUGUGGGGAGCAGGGCUUCCCUCCUGUAGCCUAUGGCGGAGGCAGGGAGAUGAACUGUGGUCACACCCUCACCCUGGGGAGACAAGCCGCGGGAACCAUGGCAUUGUGUUUAUUUGGCCCCUGUGUUUUCCUGAGAGAGGAGGGGACUCCUCACUGAGGAACCAGGGUCCAUUGAGCAAUAGGUCCUCGGCCUGAGUGACUUGCCAGUGGCUCUGGGCUCCCUUCUGGGGUACUGGUACCCCACUGGCCCUAGCUCUGCCCAGCCUUGGAGUGGGGGCUGAUGUUGGAGGGAAGGCUGGCCGUCAGAACAGCUCAGGGCUUGGAGGGAGGCUGUGAGGUUGAUGGAAGGCGUGGAAACAGUGAUGUGCGGGCAGAGUAUAAGGUGUGAGUGCAAAGGUUCUUUUUGCACUCUUUUGGGAGUAACAACUCCUUGGCAUCAAAAACACCAAGGUUCACAUAGUUACCUACCCCUGUUUGGGCCCAUUGCUCCACACCAGCAUGCCUGCAGCUAGGGAAGGAGCUAGGAAGCAGCAGGGGAGACGUGAGGGCUUCUGGUCACAUGGAUACAGAUGGUGGCAGUCCCCGUGCCCUGAAGGUUGGUGGGCUGGCAGGAGUAGAUGCCUGGGUCCCCAGCCCAGGGCCUGUUCCACAUACAGGGUGCUGCCUGCCUCCUGCCACACCCGGCUCUCUCGGCAAACGACACUGGCCUACUCCCUGAUGUCGGGGGUCAGCCCAACUGCCGGGACAAAAAAAAUGACUGUUCAUCAGCCAGCCCAGGUGUCCGGCUCAGGCACCAGCAGGCAAGUGAGAGACACUGUGUGUUCCUUCAGGGACAGGGACUCAUCCAAUCCACACACGCAGAUCAGAGCACCUGAAAGAAAAGGUUCUUUGUGGCAAAUGUGAGCUUCUCGAGUCCCUGGGGACAAGCUAGGAUCUCCUCUCCAACUCAAGGAGAUGCAGGAAGUAGCUUGGCUGGGAGCAACAACCCCUCAUCCCCCGGUAAGGCACUCUGGGUUUGUGUGGUUGUUAAUGGUUGCUACCUCCCCAAGGGGGAAGGGUUCUAUUAUGAAAAUUGUUUGGGAAACACUGAGUCAAGCAUAUUAAAUUGGAAAGACUCAGACCACUGAGUCUGUCACAUGUGCGUGUGAGUUGUGAGUCUCCAAGGUAAGAGAGAAAAAAAACCUUUUUUGGGGUUUGAGGCUGGACUUUUUGGUAUCCAAGGAACAUAUCUGGGGAAGGACUAGUACAGCAAAGCCAUGUCUCCCAACCAUCUGUGCAUUCUUUUCCCCUGUUGGGUCUCAGUUUCCAUUUUGGACAAGUGGGAGAAUGAUCCCCCACUCUUUCCCUCCUAAGGCCUCUGGAGAGCUCACCUUCACCGUGUCUUUGUUGGUCCAGCCCUCCCUCCAAGGCUCAGGUUGAAUUUCAUCUCUUCUAAGAAGCCCUUUUAAGGAUUCUUGAAGUUGUCGGUGCUGGUUGAACUACUGUGUGACCCAGUUGCUCUCCAGAUGUUUGAGGGUUAUGGGGGUACGGUCUUUUAGAGGAAGGAACAUCACUGCCACCUGUCCAACAACACCUUAGGAGGGUCUGACCCACGGCAGGUGCCCGGGGAACAGUUGCUAAAGGAUUUCAUCCAUCUCUUAUUACACACACAGAGCAUAAGGCCCGAGCACUUGCCCCAGCCCCGUGUUCAUGCCAUUUGGGCCAGUCUGAUCUCAGCUUGAAUGUCACCUCAGAGAAGACUCCCUGACCACUCUGUCUUAAGAAGCUCCUAUGACGUUGCCCUGAUGUAUCCUUGAUACAUCAGGGAUGUUUAGUCUUCUCUCCAUGAUCAUGGUCAUUUCCCACUUCUUCCUCCCCAGGUAGACUGUAUGCUUGCAGAUAGCAGAUGCCAGAGCCUUUUGUGCCUCAUCCUUGUGGUCUCUGCACGAACUACAGUGUCUGGAAUAUGGUGGCUGCUCAGUAAUUAUUAUUAGACAAAUUAACAAAGGAACACAUUAUACAUUUUAUACAAUAAACAAGGACACUGAGGCCCAAGGUCACUCAGAGUAGCAGUCCAGCAGUGGUUCCACUUGGACAUGAUCACUCCCGACCCUCACUCUCGUGCUCUUGGCCAAUACACCAUCACCACAGACACACAUCUGCAGCCUUUUUUUCCUCUCUGCCCUGGAUAUUCCCCCAGACAAAGCCCACAGCAAUUUCCGGCUCACCCAGAGACAUACAGGUCACACUGAAGUUCUCUCCCAGUUGGACUGAUGUUGCUGAAGCUUGGACGGUGGUGUGGGGGAGGAAGAUGGGUGUGCUAUGGAGAAGAUGGGAGAGAAAUGGGGACAAACCUGUUGAACUGAUUGUUAGAACGACUGAAUGAAAUGAAUGGGUGGAAUGGUUGUGUUCAUAGAGGAUGAAUGGUUGGGUUGGUUGAAUUGAUAGAUGAUGGGUAGCUGAUGGAACAGGUCAUCUGAUGGAUGAUGGGUGAAUAGGGUGAUGGAUUUGAAGGGAGACGGGUGAAUGGAAUGGUGUGGCAUGACUGAGAAUGAGUGGAUAGACAGCCUUCUGGAUGCAAGUUUGUUCAAUAGCUGAUUGGCUUGCUGGCUGGACAAGACAGUUGACUACAUGGGGGUGUUGUUGAAAGUUGAUCAGUUGUUUAGAGUUCCAUAAUCCAAAGAACCCAAAUCUGAGGUCCCUAAAGGAGGCAUCUCUCCCCAUAUCCUCCCUUGCCCUGCCCACCCAGGCCCUAGGACCGUGCACAGUUGGUGUAGAUCAGCAUCUACUUGGUAGAGAUUUGUCUCAAGCCACUGAAGCAGCCAAGCAGAAGAGGGAGCCAGCCGAGGAAGCUAGGGGCCAGUGGAUGGUGAAGCCCUUCUUCACAUCAAAGGAGAUGUCAAUCCCAUCCCAUCCACUGGGACUUCCUCCAGUGGGAACUGCUGAGGCAGUGUCCCCUGGGCCAGAGUGUAGGUCACCUGGAACGGAAGCAGGACUGGCUGAUGGCUGCACAAUUGUACCACCUCAUAAUAAUCCUUGGAGG